CAAGUUGCAAACCAUCAAAUAAUCCCAGGGCCCCGAUUCUUAGGCUCGCUGUGCGACCAUUUUAAGUUCCGAGGCGGGGCGUUCAUUGUAACCUGUACCUGUACAGCCCUGCCAAGCGCGCAGUGUUCCUAUUUUGCAUUAGCGUUGUUGCAAUAGACCGUUGGUAUCAGUUGCCAGUAUCAGUUUGCCCUCCUCUGUCCUCCUGCAGUCUUCUCUACCUUUCCCUCCUCAUAAUCUACCCGACUUGAGGUUUCGUCGCAUUUUCUCCCACAGCCCAGAUAUCGUAGUUCAAGGAAUGACUGAAAGCAUCCAGACCACACGAACUAUGGACUUGGCGCGUCCUACUGCCCCAACACACGUAGAUCGGACAACUACUUGCUCACGACGAAGCUUAGUGCUCGACAGAACCCCACCAUCAACUCCGCCUAACGUCAUUUCUGGCCAAGGACAGCCUCCUUUCCAACAGUACCAAGAGGAAGCCAACGACGUGGGGGAGUCCACAUUCACACCCAAUAAUGCCGCCCACUACACUGGCAAAUCACCUGGUGGGACUCGAUUGCGCAACUUGUUCAAGAUCACUACACGUCAUCGGUCAACUAGCUCAUUAAGUUCGCAGACGUCGAGUGGUCCGGCGCGAUCCAUUGAGAUAGCUCAUUGGACCAAUGGCUUGGUGCUUUACACCCCUGUUCCCGCAUCUCGACCGAAACAACCCCGGCCGCUAACUACCUUGAGCGUUGACACUGAGCUACGGCCGCCCCUCUCCACUAUCCACGACCCUACCAAUGUGCCGGAAGAUGACAUCAGUUCAUCGAGAAGUACUUCCAGCGACUCCGAUUCACAGAUGGAUACCUUGUCUUCGGAAAGCGUGUCUGUCAUGGAUCGACCUGCUGCCUGGGUGUCGUCAAACGGAUGGAGUCCAAACGACGGAUCAUUCUUUGGGAACCCCGGUGUGCAGUUCCCCGAUCCGCCCCAGAGACGCUACAAGUUCCUAGCGAUUGUAAGUGGCCCAUUCCGCAAGACCAGAUUCCUGGCGACAAUAAACGGCCCGUUCCGCAAGACCGAGCAAGGACUAGAACCUGCUGCACCCGCUUACGCCCAACCGUCUGUCGUUGCUGGGACUCCUGAGACAAGAAGCCAGCCUCAGGAAUAUAUAUACGUCCGUGACCCAUGUGAAUGCGACUCACUUGCAACUACAAGCCAGUACGGCGUUGGUUUCUUAUGUUGCAGGUACCAGAACAAUUCAUGAAGUUUGUUUUUAUAAUCUUCACUCUUAUGGAAGCCCUUAUUAUGAAAUCUUGGGAUUCGCUUGGCUGCAGACUAGUUUCGAUACUUAAAUGUCCUGCGCGGCAAUUCCUCUCCUGUGAGGGUUAUACCCUGACAAGGAUUGUACAUCAUUACCAUCAGCAAAGGCAAGAUAUCAUGUAUUAAAUAUAUGUAAUAUCAUCAUCAUUCAAACAAUCAUUACCUCCUCUCUGCCUCUGGCAAUACAACAUGCAAUACAUUUGACGGGAAUUCACUAAAUGUCCUUCCU